AUGGCAGUUGUGCCCAGUACGCUGCGUUGGUUGCUGCGGAGAUUAUGCGUUUUUCAAGUUUCAGCCUCUGGCGAACAAAAGAACCCCAGACAAACCCUGAGACACUGGCUUUUCAUCUUCUCUCUGCAGAUGGCUGUUAUGCUAACUACUUUGACAUCAGCUGUUGGAAAUAAUGGGAAUAACUCUGCUCCCUUGAAGUUUCCUAACAGUUCGUUCUUGCUUGGGAUAGAUGUGACUGAGCAUAUUGGUAGUGCACGGAGAAGGGACAUAUGGUACACUUUUUUUUCAUGCCCCAAAGCUACGUUAACCUUUGAUCCCCCUACUACCAAUACAGAAAAACCUGAGCAACGGAAGCACACAGUUGAUCCUGCUCCUGAUUUUCUUCUGUUUCCAUCCUUUGAGGAAUGCUUCCCAAAAAGCUCUAAAGAAUACACGAGUUCUGCCAAACUUUCUGAAGUCAUUCAUGAGCAAUCUGGUCAUUUGCUCAAAAUUCCAUUUCGACGCAUCCACCUAGCAGGAGAUGAACCACAUUUUGAUACCUAUGACACAAGUGGUCUGCAGAACAUAAGCCCCCACACUGGACUCCCCAAGUUGUGGAAGAAGUGGAUUGACAGGAGGGAGAAGCUGGGUGGUUCGAGGUAUACGCAGAUAUUCUAUGCUAAGCAGGGAAUUAUUACAGAAUUAGUGCAAGGACCAAUGAGAUGCUAG